AUCUCUGACAAGUGUACAACCAGGUACAACAUACAAUAUGCUAGAUGCCAGCAUACAUAAUAGGUAUUAUCGUAGUAUUUUGUGAAUUUACCACGUGGUUUUCGCCGGUUGCGAUAAAUUAUAUUUGAUUACACGACAAACCAAUUGAUGUAAAAUGGCAAAACAGCUGACAGACCAAAUUUUAGAAUAUCUAGAUAAACAUGAUGAAACGAAUUCGCUAGAUUUAGCAAACGAAUUUCAGGAGGAUCAUCAAAAGAUCAUAGGAGCUAUCAAGAGCCUUGAAACAAUGGACAACUUGAUCAUGGUAAAACCAAUCUCUAAAAGGAAGUGGGAGGUCACAGCGGAGGGACAACAUAUAAUAAAAUAUGGCGGUCACGAAGCGGUCGUUUACAAUGCUAUUCCUGAUAAAGGAAUACGUCAGGCAGACCUUAUGAAAUCUGUUCCUUAUGCCAAAGUAGGUUUUUCCAAAGCAAUGGUUGCUGGAUGGAUUGAACUUGAUAAAAGUGGAGAUACUCCUAUUGUACGAAAAAAAAUACCAUCUAUUGUAGAUACCAUACAAGUACAUUUAAAGGACCUUGAAAAUAUCCCAGAGAAUGUUAAAACUGAAUAUAAGAAGAGAAAACUUGUGCAAGAUAUAGUAACUAAAAUUAUGCAUCUGGAAAAAGGGCCAAACUUCUCUACAAAAAUGGAAAAACUAGAAGCAGAUUUAACAUCAGAUUUGUUAACAAAUGGUGCUUGGAAAAACAAGAAAUUCAAACCAUAUAAUUUUGAGGCAUUAGGUGCGGCGCUUCAGGUUGGACAUUUGCAUCCAUUGUUAAAAGUUCGUCAAGAAUUUAGAAAAAUUUUCCUGGAAAUGGGAUUUACAGAGAUGCCGACAAAUAAUUACGUAGAAAGUUCUUUCUGGAAUUUUGAUGCGCUAUUCCAGCCGCAGCAACAUCCCGCUCGUGAUGCACAUGAUACCUUUUUUGUCUCUGAGCCACGUAUUACUACAAAAUUCCCCAUGGAAUAUCUCGAACGUGUAAAAACUGUUCACAGUAAAGGAGGAUAUGGAUCUCAAGGUUAUAAAUAUGAUUGGAAAUUGGAAGAGGCACAGAAAAAUUUGUUGCGCACUCACACAACAGCUGUUACUGCACGGAUGUUAUAUAAACUCAUGCAAGAGGGAGAGUUUAAGCCAGUGAAAUACUUCAGUAUUGAUAGAGUAUUUCGCAAUGAAACUUUAGAUGCGACGCAUCUUGCAGAAUUUCAUCAAAUUGAAGGUGUUGUUGCCAAUUAUAAGAUUUCACUGGGUGAUCUUAUUGGAAUUUUAUAUGAAUUUUUCAAAAAGCUUGGCAUCACUCAGCUUCGAUUCAAGCCUGCGUAUAAUCCAUAUACUGAACCAAGUAUGGAAAUAUUUUGUUUUCACAAUGGUUUGGAGAAAUGGAUAGAGAUUGGCAAUAGCGGCAUGUUUAGGCCAGAAUUGUUAUUGCCAUUGAAUUUACCGCCUGAUGUAAAUGUUCUUGGAUGGGGUUUAUCAUUAGAAAGACCAACAAUGAUUAAAUAUGGUUUGAACAAUAUACGCGAUCUUGUUGGACCAAAGGUGGACAUGGAAAUGGUUCAUAACAAUCCUAUAUGUCGAUUAGAGAAAACUAGUCGUUACAUGAUGCGUUUACGAGAGGUGCAAGAAGAAAAGUCAAUUAAAGCUGAUCAGUCAAAUCAAGAAAUCAAAAGCGAUCAGUCAACUCAAGAAUCAAAAAUCAAGCAAGCGGCGAAAAAUUCUUCAGAAAAGCUAAGCUUUCCUAAUCAACAGUUUGUUAUUUUUUGCGAUCCAGACUAUCCAAUUUAUUUCAUCGAGCCUUUAUUACGACUUGUAAGACCAUAUUUUAAUGUCUCUGUGUCGACACAUGUUCAUUCUACAGUGACGAAUUUUCCUAAUGAGCUUGCUGGAUUCUGUUCAGAUUUUUCCAGCAUGAACGCACACGCGAACAUGUCUUUAAUUUUGAUUUGGAAAACUAUCGGAAUCGAUCCUAUUAUGAUAAUGCCAGGAAUGCAUAGAAUUCAGGGCAUAGUAAACGUGGCACGAUAUUUCAAUCGCUUGAUUGAACUGAGCAACGCAAAUGUAUUAAGGUACGAACGAAACGGGCCAGUCUACGCGAAUAAGAUAGAUACUUAUUUAGAUAAAAUACACUGUAUUUUGCACGAUAUUACAAAUACUGCCACGAUGCAAAAAAUUCGUAAGAAAUCACGUUAUGUGAUGGAUGAGGAUAUUUCCAUAGUCGAUCUUAUCCUCGAAUCCAUCGACAAAUAUAAAAUAAGAAAAGACUAAGUUAUUGAAGCUUAUUUAUUUUGUGAACAAA